AUGGCUGUGGGUGAGGCCCUGGUGCAUGUGAGGAUCACUGUCCUGCAGCUCUGCCUGGGCACUUUGCUCUUCCUUUCUGGAUGGGCCCAGAGUGGGCACUCUCAACACCAGAGCCCCCCAGAAACAGUGAUACCCUUGAGGAUAACUGUCACCAAUAGAGGCAUGAGACCCGCUAACUGGCUUUCCUAUAGCUUGCACUUUGGAGGCCAGAGACACAUCAUCCACAUGAAGACCAAGAAGCUUCUGGUGUCCAAACCCUUCUCUGUGUUCACCUACACAGACCAGGGUGCUUUGCUUGAGGAACAGCCUUUUGUCCAGAGUGACUGCUACUAUCAUGGUUAUGUGGAAGGGGAUCCAGAAUCCCUGGUUGCUCUUAGCACCUGUUCUGGGGGCUUUCGAGGAAUGCUAGAGAUCCAUGACACUCUUUAUGAAAUCAAACCCAAAAGACUUUCUGCCAGAUUUGAACAUCUGGUUUACAGGAUAGACAGAGAGGAGACACAAUUCCCACCCAUGAGAUGUGGACUAACAGAAGAAGAAAUAGCACAACAACUGAAGCUUCUUCGUGAGAGUGAUAUUACAACUUUAAAGCAAAGUGACUACAAGGGCUGGUGGACCCACAAAGGCCUUAUUGAAUUGGCAGCUGUGGUAGACUAUGAACGAUACCGUCAUCUGGACAGCAAUAUCUCAAAGGUGGAGGAUGAAGUAAUCUUGGUUAUGCAUGCUGCAAAUGAAUAUUAUAAAGCACUGCAAAUUGACUUGAUCUUUUAUGGACUUGAGGUCUGGAACAAAGAAAAUCCCAUAACUAUAAGUUCGCUUGGCGAUACUCUGUCAGCAUUUUGCACUUGGAAAAAACGUGGUUUUAAUGCCCGCAUUCACCAUGAUGCUGUACAUCUUUUAAUUAAGAAGUCAUUUGGUAAACUCCUUGGCCUAGCCUUUGUUGGAACAAUAUGUAAUAUUCUCUAUAAUUGUGCAGUUGAUAGUUUUGAAGGUGACUCAAUUUCCACCUUUGCAUACGUUGUGGCACAUGAGUUGGGUCAUAAUUUGGGUAUGCGGCAUGAUGCAAACACAUGUUCAUGUGGGCAGAAAACAUGUAUAAUGUAUCCAUCAAAAACUGUUGCAAAUAAAUUUAGCAACUGUAGCUAUGCCAACUUCUGGGACAUUGGUUCAAGAAAGAGUUGUAUGCAUGAUACACCAAAUCCAGAAGCCAUCUUCUCAAAGAUACAGUGUGGGAAUGGUGUUACUGAAAAAGGAGAGGAGUGUGACUGUGGAUCCUUAAAAUUGUGUUCAGAAGAUCCUUGUUGUGCAGGAAACUGCACUCUGGAAGCUGGGGCUGUUUGUACUUUUGGGCUUUGUUGCAAAGACUGCCAGUUCUUACCAUCAGGCACAGAGUGUAGGAUAAAGGAAAAUGAAUGUGAUCUUCCAGAGUGGUGCAACGGAACUUCACACGAGUGUCCAAGAGAUGUAUAUGUGCAGGACGGGAUCCCUUGCAUGAACGGUGGCAACUGCUAUGAAAAGAGAUGUAAUAUACGGGAUGAACAGUGUAAGCAAAUUUUUGGCUUGGAAGCCAGGAGUGCAAGUGAGAGUUGCUACAUAGAAUUGAACACCCGAGGUGACCGUUUUGGUAACUGUGGUCUUAAUAACCACGCAUAUAUAAAGUGUAAUAUGUCAGAUGCCUUCUGUGGGAGAGUUCUGUGUGAGAAUGUGAUGUAUAUUCCCUAUUUAAGAGAUCAUUAUACAGUGCACUCAACUAAUUUCAAUGGUAUCACCUGCUGGGGUACUGACUAUCAUCCUGGGAUGACCAUACCAGAUAUUGGUGAAGUGACAGAUGGCACAGUGUGUGGUGAAGAAUAUGUGUGCAUCCGCAAGAAGUGUGUUCCUAUAUCAGUCUGGGAAAGUGACUGUACACCAAUGACUUGCAAUAAUAAUGGGGUCUGCAACAACAAACAAAACUGCCAUUGUAACCGUGAGUGGGAUCCACCCAACUGCCUGCUGCAAGGUCAUGGAGGGAGCGUUGACAGUGGCCCACCUCCUCCGAGAAUACUACCAAAUAUAGAGAUUUCCAAGACAGCACUAUUGCUAAGUUUAUGGAUUCCUACUCUCCUUUUGUUUUGCUGUUGGACUUUUGCAAUUUGGAGGAUGAACAGAGCUCAUUAA